AUGGAACUCAACCGAGAACAUUUUCGCGCCAUAAUUUAUUACAACUUUCAGAGACAAUUAUCGCAACAAGAAUGCCUUGCUGGGUGGGAAAACGUCGAUGCUGUGCGCAAACUCAUCAUUGAAGAUAGACAUGUGACAUAUCGCAAGAUUGAGGCAAAAUUAGUUUCUCGUUGGAUACCCCACCUGUUGACUGAAGAGCAGAAAGCAGUCAGGGUUAAUUGGUGUCAAAAAACACUUGACCGUUUCAAUUCCGGAAACUCAAAAAAUGUGUACAGCGUUGUUAGUGGUGAUGAAUCGUGGAUUUACUGUUAUGAACCAGAAAAUAAACGACAGUCGGCUGUUUGGGUGUUCCAAGGUGAAGAAAAGCCAAUAAAAGUCAUCCGUUCUCGAAGUGUUUCGAAAAAGAUGCAAAGAACUGUUACUGCGGAUUGGUAUACCACCAUUUGUUUGCCAAAAGUCAUCACCAAGCUUCGAAAAAUCAACCCCGAAAAAAGAAUCAUCCUCCACCAAGACAAUGCAAGCUCGCACACAGCCCAAAAAAACAAGGCAUCACCAGAAGAAACAGUUGACGCAUUCAAAAAUGCCGUUUUGGAUCUGCCAGCAAACAAGUGGAAUAAGUGCUUCGAAAAUUGGUUCGAGCGCAUGCAGAUGUGUAUUAAUCUUCGUGGAGAAUACUUCGAAAAACAAUAA